AUGUUCCACACCGACAUGCAGUCUCUCGUUACUUUCGUCGUUCUUGCGACUACGUUUUCGUUUUCUAGUACGUUUGCUUCACCAACGAGAACAGGAACAGCCAAGCGUUCCACCUGUACUGUUAACAGCGUGUCAAGCGCCUCAGAUCUUUCCGCUUGCACCAGUGUCGUCAUCACUGCCUUUGAGGUUCCUGCUGGAGAUACUGUUACCAUCUCGGCAGCGUCGGGUGCUUCUAUCGAGAUGACAGGUUCCGUUUCCUUCGCAUACACCUCUGCUACCGGUCCUCUUUGGACUUUCGAUACUGACGAUGUUACCUUCACCGGCAAAGGAUACAGCUUCAAAGGCAAUGGCGAUCUCUACUGGGAUGGAGAGGGCACUGGCGGCGGUGUUGCCAAGCCUCAUCCAUUCGUCAAAUUCAAGGGUUAUGGAUCGUUCACCGACUUCAUCAUUAAGGAUUCACCCGCACAAGCCAUCUCUGUCGGUACAACCGGAACCUCUUCCUUCACUGAUAUUCUUGUUGACAAUCUGGAUGGCGCUGAGCUAGGUCACAACACCGAUGGGUUCGACGUCUCCGCUAGCGAUGUCACCUUCAGCGGAAAUAAAGUAUACAACCAAGACGAUUGCAUUGCUAUAAAUUCCGGUAGCAACAUUGUCUUUGAGAAUAAUUACUGCUCUGGUGGACAUGGUAUCUCCAUCGGUUCCAUCGCUUCCGACAAGACUGUGUCUGCAGUGACUAUUUCUGGAAACACCGUGGUCGAGAGCAUGUACGGAAUGCGGAUUAAGGUCGACAGUGAUGCCACAGACGCUUCUGUAUCGGAUAUCACUUAUUCUGGCAAUACAAUCUCCGCCAAUGACAAAUACGGACUCCUCAUUAGUCAAAGUUACUCUGAGGAUUUUGGAACUCCUGGCACCGGCAGUAUCAUCUCCGACAUCAACUUUACUGGCAGCAAGACUACAGUGACUACGAGCGGCGACUAUCCACGAGUUGGCGUUGACUGUGGUAAAUGUACUGGAACCUGGAAUUGGUCUGAGCUCGUCGCAAGUGGAGGUGACUCUUCCGACAUUGUUCUCGCUGGUGGAGCUAAGAUUUCAGGGGGAAGUUAUUAA